UCAGUUAAAGGUGACAUAACUCAAGAAUGCAUGGAACAUUCACACAUGACUUCUCUACUGUACAUGUGCAAACACAUCACGGCUUGUCUCUGUGCACCAGCUUGGUUGUGUAACUGGAUAUAUUGGUAGUUUUAAAAUGCUGUUUUCAGCUAAAUAAGUUGAAUGUACGUUUGGUUUUUCAGGUGCAUUUUAGAAUAAUACCACAAAAGGUCAUUCAAAUGAGUCCAGCGUAGUAGAGUAUAACUGGAUUUGAAAGAGGAGGCAAACAAGCUGUGCAUACUCACACAGACCACUGUUUGGAGUGACUGAUGUCUGGCAUGGAACAGGUUUAAAAGCAGCAAAAGCAAACCUUCACCAAGUGGGCGUGUUUCUUGUUGCGGUGCAGGAAGGGGCGGGACCUCAGGUCUGCUCAUCGAGCGGUGAGGUGUGCGGAAGCUGGUAGGGGUGUUUAAAAGUGGCAGAAAUGUGGAGUUUUUUAAUUUAUUUUUUAAUGACUUGUAUUUUUAAGACCUGAAGCUUUACGUCGGCUGCUUGUAACGUCAGCGACACGCCCAUCUGGAUCUGACAUGGAGGACAGAUGAUUCACCUUCACCUAUUUCCAUUGUGCUUUAUUCUGUUCAGUCCUCUGUCCUCUGAGCUCAUGAAUCAUGGUUGGUGGUGGAGGAGCUGCUGAUCUGUCCCCGACGGUCGCUGUCAAGAUCUUUUCAGCCGGAACAGCUGGCUGUGUGGCCGAACUGGCCACUUACCCCCUGGACACAGCCAAAGUGAGACUGCAGAUUCAAGGUGAAUCCAAGCACUCACUGGAAGGCUCAAGGAUACAAUACAGAGGUGUGUUCGGUACCAUCCUCACCAUUGUGAAGACCGAGGGCCCCCGGAGUCUUUACAAUGGACUGGUGGCGGGGCUGCAUCGACAGGCGUGCUUCGCCUCAGUCCGCAUCGGCCUGUAUGACACCAUGAAGCAAUUCUACACCAACGGGUCGGAGAAUGCAGGCAUCGGGGCUCGGCUGCUGGCAGGCUGCUCCACGGGGGCCAUGGCGGUGGCCUUUGCGCAGCCCACUGAUGUGGUGAAAAUCCGGUUCCAGGCUCAGGUCCGCUUGCCUACGAGCGGCACUGUGAAGAGAUACAACAGCGCGUUUGACGCCUACAAGACCAUCGCCAGGGAUGAGGGCGUCAGAGGGCUCUGGAAAGGUUGUCUGACAAACAUAACUCGCAAUGCCAUCGUGAACUGCUCUGAGCUGGUGACGUACGACAUCAUUAAGGACUACAUCCUGAAGUACAACGUGAUGACAGACAACAUGCCGUGUCACUUCACAGCGGGCUUUGCAGCGGGUUUCUGCACCACCGUCGUGGUGUCUCCGGUGGAUGUGGUGAAAACACGCAUCAUGAAUUCAAUGCCUGGGAAGUACAGCGGCGCUAUUAACUGUGCAGUAAUCAUGCUGAUGAAAGAGGGACCCACAGCUUUCUAUAAGGGAUUUAUUCCCGCGUUUCUCCGUCUGGGUUCCUGGAACAUUGUGAUGUUUAUGAGCUACGAGCAGAUUAAGAGAGCUUUCAUAAGAUUCCAACAGUCCCGAGAUGCUGCAGUCUGACAGCCGGUGUGUUGUUACUGAUGUGCUAUCACCACAACUGUCUGUAUCGAGCAGCACGUGCUGAGACAAUGUGCUCUCUCUCUCAAGGAAUAAACAACACUUUUUGAGGAAACUACCCUCGAACGAAAAACUCUCAGGAUGAUAGACGUUGAAUUGUUACUCACAAUUCACACAUCAUUAGAAUAGCUCAGGCAAUGUUUCUGACAAUGUUUUGAAUUUCCCUUUUUCCAUUGAGGACGUGUUUGCAUGUCACAGUAGGAAAAGCACAGGUGUAAAUGCUGAAAUGCUGAUGGCUCAAUUCCAUUUAGCUGCUUCAGUUGCAGGGUCUUUGUAUUGUGUCGUGGUUUACUGAGACACCUUUAUUGAACAGGGUCAUUACUAGUGUUAAAAAUAUAUAAACUGAGAACAUUAAUUAUUUACUGGGUGAAGUCUGGUGUGAAUGGGGAUGCAGGGCUAACCCACUGUUAAAAAAAGCACAGUAACUUAUUAUUUUUUGCAUUUGUAUUGUAUUUCAUAUCUAGUGCCAUGUGAAAUGUUUGUAUGCAGUCUUUUAUAUAAAUGUUUAGGAAUUAGGGUUGCAAUUAACUGUAAACAUUUUUUUUCAAUGAAUCACUUAAUUUGUUGGUCUUUAAAUGGGAAUUUGUCUCUUCUUUUGUCUGACUAACAGUCCAAACCUCAAUGGUAUUCAGAUUUGCUGUCACAUAAGAGCAACAAAUCCUCACAGUUGAGAAGCUGGAACCAGGGAAUUUCUGGGAAGAGUUGAUUUUCUGUUAAUCUACGAGUGGAUUCAAUCAUUUUAGGAAUGGGGAACAGUUCUUUAGGCUUUACUGCCAAAUUAAACAUUAAGUUUGGGAUGGAAUUGACCUCUAAAUCACAAAACGGGAAUUUUCAAACUGACAUUGACCAACAUUUCAUACACGACAAACCCCACCUAGUGUCACUCUAUUCCUGCACUAUCUCCAGGCCGCUGUCAUAGAUACUCUACUGUAUAAUCCACUUUAAAUGUGAAGAUACCCCCCCACACACACACACACACAACUGUGUGAUACGUGUAAAUACAGCCAGCCAGUGAAACGCUUUUCAGAAAAGAAUACAAAAAUGUAUGGCAGCUGUGUUUCCAUUUAUGCUUGUUUAUGUGUGUGGCCCAUUGCUGCUUGUUGUGUACAGAAAUGCUAUAUGGGAUAUAAUACAACUGUAUGCUUUUCAGCGAAGGGUGUCUUAAUAAUUGUCAUAAUUUGAUUCGACAUUCACUCAUUCCUGUGCAGAAAUAACUGGUUAUUCCAUCGAACAAUGCAGAGACACGGAGGUGAAAGAGGCGAGAAGCACAACAAAGGCAGCUGACGGACAAGAAGAUUGGCCAAUUUGAAUCUUGUGGGACAAAAGAAGCCGCUGACAAAGGUGUAACUGAAGUCUGUGGUGCAACAAAAGCCUCUGAACACGCUCCACCUUGCUGAUCAGCUCCUGUAGUGCCAGUGAGGCUUCUCCAUGGCGGAGGUAGUAUGGCGAGCUGCGAGCGUUUAAGACCAGUUGAUUGCUCCUCUGCUGACCUUGGCAGGAGUCUCUGCACACAGACGAUCAGAGAUAUCGAGUGUCUGCGAGCAGUUCAACUUCGCUGAGCCAACAGUGACCAACUUUUUUCUGAUCGAGGAAACACUCAUUUUUUCUUACCAGAUAUGAUGCUGCACAUUUGCUUUCAGUCUGUCUGUCAAUAAUCUAUCAUAAAGAUGAGUGACCACA